UAUUGAGAACAAAUCACAUGUGUGAUGUGUUUGUGUUUUGUCUAAACUUUGAAUUUGAUUCAUUCCACAUCAUCAUUGAAUCAAACGAACAAAUGGACAUCAAUUAUACAUUAUACAUAAAUGGAUUCAUGUCGAUAUUGGCAUAUUUCGGCGUGAAAAAUGUUAUACCAAAAAUGAGCUCAAUGUUUAUCGAUGCUCAUUUAUUCGGCAAUGAUCUAUGUAAAAAAGAUCGAACGAAAAAAAUACCCGAAUCACAAGGUGUGAUUGCUGGAUGCAUCUAUCUAAUUAUUCUAUUCUGUUUUAUACCAAUACAAUUCAGUCAAUAUAAAUCAAAUCAUCAUCAUUUCAAUCAUGAUCUCUUCACUAUUAACAAUCAUCAUCAUUUGUUUGUUCAAUUUUUAGCCGGACUUUUGUCAAUCUGUUGUAUGCUUUUUCUUGGAUUCGCCGAUGAUGUUUUGAAUCUUAGGUGGCGUGUCAAAUUAUUGCUGCCCACGUUGGCUAGUCUGCCAUUAUUAUUGGUUUAUGCAUUAACCUAUGAUAAUACAACGAUUAUUGUUCCGAAACCAUUUCGUUCAUUACUAGGAUUCAGUCUAGAUCUCAACCUGUUGUACUAUGUCUAUCUUUCUUUGUUGGCUGUAUUCUGUACGAAUGCGAUCAAUAUAUUGGCCGGUAUUAAUGGUCUUGAAGUUGGACAAAGUCUAUUGAUUUGUCUUUCAAUCAUCAGUUACAAUCUUGUGGAAUUGUUGCGUUCAUCGAAUCAUUACCAUUCACAUGUUUUUUCUUUGAACAUGAUGUUACCAUUUUUGGCCGUUACCGGUGCUCUUUUACAUUACAAUUGGUAUCCAGCCCGAAUAUUCGUUGGUGAUACAUUCUGUUAUUUUGCUGGAAUGACAUUUGCCGUUGUUGGCAUUUUGGGACAUUUCAGUAAAACAAUGUUGCUGUUUUUUCUGCCACAAAUAUUUAAUUUUCUAUAUUCAUGUCCACAAUUGUUUCAUUUUCUACCAUGUCCACGACAUCGAUUACCCAAAUACAAUCCACGAACCGAUCUAAUGGAACCAAGUACAUUUACUGUGCCCCAAAGAAGCCAAAUGAGUGCAAGUGCUAAUUUAAUGUUGAAAAUAUUAACAUUUCUAAGGCUAAUUGAAUAUCGUGAAAUUGGAACAAAAUCCACAACAACGACGACCACCUAUGAAUGUUCUAAUUUAACAUUGAUCAAUCUAAUGUUGGUAUUUUUUGGACCAAUGCGAGAAUCACAGUUAACCCGAUUACUAUUAAUUAUCCAAUUUAUUUGCACUCUAAUUGCAUUCUUUAUUCGUUAUGGAUUGAGUGAAAUAUUCUAUUGAAUCUAUUUUUGUUUUGUUUUGUUUUUUGCUAAAUAAUAAACAAAUGUGUGUAUCAUUAUGAAAGACAGACAAAACAAAAUGA